AUGGCGGACAGUGCGGAACUAAAGCAAAUGGUUAUGAGCCUUAGAGUUUCUGAACUCCAAGUACUGUUGGGCUACGCUGGGAGAAACAAGCACGGACGCAAACACGAACUUCUCACAAAAGCCCUGCAUUUGCUAAAGGCUGGCUGCAGUCCUGCUGUACAAAUGAAAAUUAAAGAACUCUAUAGGCGGAGGUUCCCCCAGAAAAUCAUGACGCCUGCGGACUUGUCCAUCUCCAGCGUACAUUCAAGUCCUAUGCCAGCAACUUUGUCUCCAUCUACCAUUCCACAACUCACUUAUGAUGGUCACCCUGCAUCAUCACCGUUACUCCCUGUUUCUCUUCUGGGACCUAAACAUGAACUGGAACUCCCACAUCUUACAUCAGCUCUUCACCCAGUCCAUCCGGAUAUAAAACUUCAAAAAUUACCAUUUUAUGAUUUACUGGAUGAACUGAUAAAACCCACCAGUCUAGCAUCAGACAACAGCCAGCGCUUUCGAGAAACCUGUUUUGCAUUUGCAUUGACACCACAACAAGUGCAGCAAAUCAGUAGUUCCAUGGAUAUUUCUGGGACCAAAUGUGACUUCACAGUGCAGGUCCAGUUAAGGUUUUGUUUAUCAGAAACCAGUUGUCCACAAGAAGAUCACUUCCCACCCAAUCUUUGCGUGAAAGUGAAUACAAAACCUUGCAGCCUUCCAGGUUAUCUUCCACCUACUAAAAAUGGUGUGGAACCAAAGCGACCCAGCCGACCAAUUAAUAUCACCUCACUUGUCCGAUUGUCCACAACUGUACCAAACACCAUUGUUGUUUCAUGGACUGCAGAAAUUGGAAGAAACUAUUCCAUGGCAGUAUAUCUUGUAAAACAGUUGUCCUCAACAGUUCUUCUUCAGAGGUUACGAGCAAAGGGAAUAAGGAAUCCGGAUCAUUCUAGAGCUUUAAUUAAAGAGAAAUUGACUGCGGAUCCAGACAGUGAAAUAGCUACAACCAGCCUGAGGGUUUCUCUACUAUGUCCACUUGGUAAAAUGCGGUUGACAAUUCCAUGUCGGGCCCUUACAUGUUCUCAUCUGCAGUGUUUUGAUGCAACUCUUUAUAUUCAGAUGAAUGAGAAAAAACCAACUUGGGUUUGCCCUGUCUGUGAUAAGAAGGCUCCGUAUGAACACCUUAUUAUUGAUGGCUUGUUUAUGGAAAUCCUGAAGUACUGUACAGAUUGUGAUGAAAUACAGUUUAAGGAGGAUGGCUCUUGGGCACCUAUGAGAUCAAAAAAGGAAGUACAGGAAGUUUCUGCCUCUUACAAUGGGGUUGACGGAUGCUUGAGCUCCACAUUAGAGCACCAAGUGGCUUCUCAUCACCAGUCCUCAAAUAAAAGUAAGAAAGUAGAGGUGAUUGACCUAACCAUAGACAGUUCAUCUGAUGAAGAGGAGGAAGAGCCAUCUGCCAAGAGAACCUGCCCUUCUCUCUCUCCCACAUCACCACUAAGUAAUAAAGGAUAAAAACAAGCAACCUGAAGGUUUAUGACAUUUUUAGAAGAACAGCACCAUAUUCAGCACAAGUGACCAUUUUUCAGUAAUGGCUAGCCAAUAAAUAGAAACCUAUACCCAGCAUAUUGUAUUUGUUGUUAUUGUGCAGUGUGAAGGUGGAAAUGCAUUUUAGAAUAUUAUCAUAAAAUUGAAAGAGAAGGAGCCAGCCAGGAAUUAGAAAGAGGCAAAGAUUAGUAAAUGUAAAACAUCUUGCUGUCUUCAGCUGCUGAGUGUUCAUCCAGAAAUUACCUUUGCUGUUUGGUAUACCAAGAUGUUUUCAGAGACUAGCAUUUCAACUCCUUUUGUCUCUCUUGUAAUCCCUUAGGUAUUGUCAGAGGAGAUAGCUAAUGGAAAAUGGUACUUUCUAUAGAUGUAAGAGGUUUAGUUAAGUUUCCAUUAGACAAAACAUUUUUAUGAGGUGGAUGAGAAUAUAUUUUAUGCUUCAUAUCCCAUUCAUAAAAAUAUGGUAGAAGGUCAUAACUAGAACUCUAUUCCUGGAAAUCCAACCUUGGCAUCUUUUGAAAUAUUUUUUACCAUUGAAAUUGCAUCUCCAUACCCUGAGGACUUUACAUGAAGUUUUAAAAGCAAAAGACAGCCUGUUUCUACCUUCUUUUCUCUUUAUUUUCUAUAACUUAUAUGUCUAUUAGCCUCUUGUAUGGUUGGGAUAGCAUAUGGCCCUUAUGUUUUCACUCAGGACUAUUAGAAUUCUUUUUUCAAAAUCAUUUUAAUUCUUCCUUUUCUUUUUUCCUUUAUUUCUCCCUCUUUUUGCUUUUCCCUGAUUUUUGGUAAAGAAAAAAAGAUUUAACUACUCAGCUACUUAAACAUUUCACUCUGUUCUUCCAGAAUCCCUCUCUUUGUUCUUUUUUUCUUUUUCCAUUUAUACUAUUCUCCCUUUAAAAACGCUGUACCACCUGUUCAUUAUGGAGCAUCUUUUUUUUUUUUGCGGUACGCGGGCCUCUCACUGUUGUGGCCUCUCCCGUUGCGGAGCACAGACUCCGGACUCGCAGGCUCAGCGGCCAUGGCUCACGGGCCCAGCCGCUCCGUGGCAUGCGGGAUCCUCCCAGACCGGGGCACAAACCCGUGUCCUCUGCAUCGACAGGCGGACUCUCAACCACUGCGCCACCAGGGAAGCCCCUAUGGAGCAUCUUUACUCCUUGUCUUGCUGCCUUCGUUCAUUCAGCAGGCCUUUUAUGUAAAUAGCGUGAUAAUGACUGUGCCGGGCAUUGAAUAUAACAAGAUAAACAGUACCUAGUUUUUAUUCUCAUAAAUCUUACAAGUCUGAGGGCCACUGUUAACUCCUCACUGCUCAGAUUGCUGCAUUCCCCUAGUCUUGUUAUAUGUGUUUUCUUUGCAAGGAUUUACCUAAACUUUUUACUAGCCAGCACUCUAGUGCUUAUUUUUUAAAGGUUUCAGAAUUUUGUCUGCUGUAGAUACUUUUCACUCAUAUUCCAUUGAAUUGGCUCAGCCAUGCCUUCCCCCUGCAUUCUGAAAGUGUAGAUGACGUCGUUCCAAAGACAACAUGUGAUUUAUGAAUGUUGGAUACCAUUGCGUCCAUCUUUUUCCCUGUAGCCUCUGAAAGAUGCUAUUAAGUAUACAAAUUAUUUCCUAAUAAUUAUGGUAGUCUAAAUUAUAUAUUGCUUUACUUGUCUUUUGUUUUAAUUUCCAGCACAAAAACUAGGACUCAUUGUGAGAUGCAACCCUUUUUAAAAGUUCAACUGACUCAUGAAAAUUUCACAAACCUUUUCUUCUUCUAGCAUAUUAAGUCUUCCACAUCAAGCAUCUCCAGUGUCCCGCACCCCAAGCCUCCCUGCUGUAGACACAAGCUAUAUUAACACAUCCCUCAUCCAAGACUACAGACAUCCUUUCCACAUGACACCCAUGCCUUAUGACU